AUGGCAUCAUACGAUCACCGCCCAUCGACAGCGCUCGGGCACAACCGCCACGACAGCACCUUCUCCUCGUCCUCAGCGCGCAUGCGGCCCGAGUCGCGGCGGGAUGGCCGCGGCUUGCGGUCUAGCGACGGUACCGUCAGCACGACCGGCACUACUUCCUCUUCUGGUCGCGAUUCCGCCAACACGGCGGCAACUGAGGGCCCGGCCUACUCCAAGAAGAUCGUCGUAGUAGGUGACGGCGGAUGCGGCAAGACGUGCCUGCUGAUUAGUUACAGCCAAGGUUACUUCCCAGAGAAAUAUGUCCCGACUGUCUUUGAAAAUUACAUUACAUACCCAGUCCACCCGCCAACCGGCAAGAUCGUGGAACUGGCACUUUGGGAUACGGCUGGUCAAGAAGAAUAUGACCGGCUGCGCCCGCUUUCCUAUCCAGAGACCGACUUGAUCUUUGUGUGCUUCGCCAUUGACUGCCCCAACUCCCUUGAGAAUGUCAUGGACAAGUGGUACCCCGAAGUUAUGCACUUCUGCCCCUACACGCCGCUGAUCCUGGUCGGCCUCAAGUCAGACCUGCGCUACAAGAAGUCGUGCAUUGACAUGCUUAAGUCACAAGGCCUGACGCCUGUCACACCCGAACAGGGCAUGGCUGUGGCCAAGAAAAUGGGCGCGCAGUACAUGGAAUGCAGCAGCAAGGAGAUGAAGGGCGUCGAGGAAGUCUUUGAGCGUGCCAUCCUCACUGUCGUCGCUAAUGACCGCAAGACCCUCGAGGCCGAGGCCGCUGCUUCCGGUAAGAAAGGCAAGGACAUUGGUAUCACCUACACCAGCGAUGGCGUGCCCAUCCCGAUUGUUAAGAAGAAGAAGAGAAAGUGCGCGCUGGUUUAA